AUGAAGGUCCUCGAUCCCCAAUCCGCAACCCUCUCCAAUGUCGAGGUGCUAGCUCACUUGAAACUGAAUCCUCCCCGCCUGCCACCAGCUCCUAUCCCGAAUGCAAAGAAUUUCGUACCCAAACCGGACUUGAGAGAUUAUAACACAGUCGUAAAAGAGUACAAUGACUAUGUAGCUCGCCUAUCCCCGCAUCUCUUAUCAUACCCUAGCUUUUCAUCAAUAUCUGCCGAGAAUGCUGCCUCACUGGACACCCCUGAUAAAUCGAUAACAGACCUCGAUGUUGCUCUGAGGACACUCAUCGCAAGCUUAAAGCCGUUCAACUUGACAAAAGCGGAGGUAUUGACGAUCAUCAAUUUGGGAGUAGGUCUUGAAGCCAAGCCGGAAGGGGAGGCCGCAGAGGAUACUGUCAUGCAGGAUGGGGAAGGCGAAGAUGGGGGCCAAGGAAUAGAUUAUGGUGCUUUGGCUUUGCUAGACACGAUUAUCGAAGACAGAGAAGAAAGAUUGGCAGACGAGGAUGUUGCUGAAAUUCUAAGAAUUGUGAGAGAGACUCUGGGGAAGAAAGAACCAGCAAAGAAAGAGGCUGAAGAGGUGAUGGAGGAAAUCUGA